CGUCAACGUGAAUGAAAAGCUGAGAAUUGACAGCAAGUAGAUAGCAGAGGGAAAGAGAAAAAAAAUACUGUGAUAUGUUUGAAAGAGUGAGGAAAGAAGAUGCACGAGGAGGCAGGGCGGUGAUAGCAGAGCAGAUUUAGUCGGGCUAAGAGAAGACGACGCACGGGUUGGUUGGUUGGUGGUAAAUCUUAUGUAGACGUGCAAGAGGGUUUCGCGAACGUUGUGCAAAUCGACGUGGGACAGUUUAUUGUGAGUAAGGAGUUAAAGAACACGACCGACUCAAAAUUACUAAUAGAUAGCAAUAGUAAUAAUAGUAAUAAAUUUGUAUAAAAAAAAGCUGUCCCCGUCGAUCCAGGUGUCUGACGAGGUGUAAUUUUCAGUAGUGAUUAGUGAAACGACGGGAUGACGGGCUCGGCACGUCUGAGACCCGUUGUCGUGGUGGGCCUCAUACUUGCCCUUCUAGCUGUCGCCUUACGGGAUGUGCAAGGCGAUGAUCAGCUGGAUGUAUCUGAAGUUCAAUGCCGACCUUAUAUCGAAAAAGCUUUGAAAGAUCUGGGAACAGGGAAUGUUGAUGAAAGUAGUAGAGAAGAUGAUGGAAAAGAGGGUGGAGAUGGGCAAGAAGGUAGUGAUGGACAUGUUGAUGGUGAUGGACAAGUAGAUGGAGAUGGAAUACAAGAUAGUAAUGAAAAAGAAAGUGGACAAGGUAGUAAUGAACAAGAAAGUGGAGAAGAGGGUAAACAAGAAAGUGGAGAAGAAGGUAAACAAGAUGGAGAUGGACAAGAAAGUGGAGAAGAAAGUAAUACAUCAGUUGACGCUACUGAAAGUGAAGAACAUAAAGAACAAGCUGAUGAACCUGAACAAAAAGAAGAUGGAAGUGAAGAAAGUACAGCGGAAGUUGCUAAUGAAUCUAUUGAACAAAAUGCUGAUGACAAUAAAGAUUCUGUAGAACAGAGCACUGAAAAACCUGAUGAAGAACCUGAUCAAGAGUCUAAAGAAGCUGAUAAGGGAGACGAGUCGAAAGAAGCUGUGGAAAGUCAGGAAGAAAAUGCUGAAGUUUCAGAAACUGAUACCGAAGAAAAUGUCGAAAUCGAGAAGGACGAAAUACUGGAAAAAUCCGGUGAGGUAGAAGCGCAUGCGGAAAACGAAACCGAUUCAAAUGAAACUAAAGAACAAGAAAAUACUGAAGAAGUUAAAUCAGAAGAAACUGGAAGUGACGCUGAGAAGAGCGAAGAAGUAACGGAAGAAAAGGAUAAAACUGAAGAGUCUGCAGAAGCUGGAGGUGUGGAAGAAUCAAAAGAAGACGAACACGUUGAAGGUGAUUUGAAAAGUGAGGAAGCUAAAAGUAGUGAAGCGAGUGUAGAAGAUACGAAAUCUGUUGAGGAAGUUGUUGAAGAAGUUGAGUCGGAGGAAGCUAAAGGAAAUGAAAAUGAGAAAAGUGAUGAGAAUACGGCUGAGGUUGAGACUGAAUCUGAGGGAGAAGGAAGAAGUGAAGAAGAUAAGCAUGAGAGUGAUGAGAAAAAUGAAGACAGUGCAGAAGUGUCACGUCAAAAACGAGAUGUUGAUGUAGAUGAAGAAAGCACGGAGGGUAAUGAAGAAGAAUCAGAGGAAGUUACUCAAGAGUCUAAAGAAGACGGUGAAGUUGAUGAGGAGCCUUCUCCUGAAGAAGAUUUAAUUCAAGAAAUUGAAAUUCCUGAUAAUUUAAGAGCUCGCGAUCAUAUUAAUCAGAUAUUAAGACUAGACCAAGAUAAUGAAGAAAAAGAAGCGGCCAUUGAAAAAGCCGCUGAUGUGAUACUAAAAGAAUUAAAGAGAUUAUAUGACACAGCUAUUCAGCCACUAGAAACUCUCUACAAAUAUCGUGAUCUCAGUAACCGUCACUUUGGAGAUCCUGAAAUAUUUUCAAAGCCACUGAUUUUAUUUAUGGGUCCUUGGAGCGGUGGAAAAUCUUCAAUUAUAAAUUAUCUCCUUGAUAAUGAGUUCAAGACAACCGCACUCAGAACUGGCGGUUCGCAAGAUUGCAUUGAAGAGUCUUGCAAACCGCCAAAUGGAACUGAUGCAGGAGCGGAGCCAUCACCGGCCUACUUUAACAUUGUCAUGCACGGAGAAGAAGAAGAAGUAUUGGAUGGGACUCAAUUGGCUGCUGACUGGACCUUUUCCGGGCUUCAAAAGUUCGGCCAGGGAUUGCUGGAUCGUCUGAGGGGAUUGAAGCUAAAUAACAAAUUGCUAGAGAAGGUGAACAUCGUUGAGAUUCCAGGAAUACUGGAGAUCAGAAAACAAGUACAGAGACUCUUUCCAUUCAAUGAUGCUUGCCAAUGGUUUAUUGACAGAGCAGACAUCAUUUUCCUGGUCUACGACCCGUCCAAGUUGGACGUUGGACCAGAAACUGAAGCUAUUUUAGAUCAACUCAAAGGACGAGAGUAUCAAACAAGAAUUGUUCUCAAUAAAGCUGACCAAGUGAAACCGGAAGAAUUAAUGAGGGUUCAAGGCGCUUUAAUAUGGAACAUUUCACCUCUUAUGUCAAGUGCAGAACCACCUGUAAUGUAUUCGACGUCACUUUGGUCGAUGCCUUAUGAAGCUGGUGCACCUACUCGUCUUCUCUAUGCUCAGGAACGUGCAUUUUUACGGGAUUUACGAACGGCCAUUGAUAAAAGAGUUGAACACAAGAUCGCUAGUGCAAGAAGAUUUGCCGUAAGAGUUCGUAAUCACGCAAAGAUGGUAGAUUGUUAUUUAACAACUUACUACAAUCACAAAUCAUUCUUCGGCGGUAAAAAAGAAAUAAGUGACAGAAUUAUUGAAAACCCACAAGAGUAUCACAUUUACGAAGGACUGAGCACAUUGACCAACAUAUCCCGCUACGAUUUACCAGAUCCUGAUGUCUAUCGUGACUUUUUCCGCCUCAAUCAGCUCUACGACUUUCCACUACUCAGUUCAACUUGCACGUAUUUCCGUGGAUGUCCCAUCAACAGGCUCGAUGUCGCUAUCGCUUACGAUCUUCCUGAGCUAGUGGGUAAAUACAAGAAAGCUGUUGAAGCAGCGAUCCAUGAAGAAAACGGCCAACCACCAGCAAGUUGAAGGAAUUAAAACCCUGCGAUAAAUCGCGCCUAAAAUUCGGGCUCUUGGUCGUAUUUAAUCGUCGAAAUCGUAACUAAGCCCUAAUAUGUUAAAAUAUAAAUAAAAUAAACAAAGUACCGAACGAAUCCUUGCCACCAGGAUUCAUGCUGACACUUGCUACUGAAAUGUCAAUAGCCAACGUCUCGCUGCUGGCAGUACAACGUCGAGAUUAUUGACGAAGCUGAUUUACAGUAACUACUAAUACCUCAGUGCUUUCAGUGUCUUCUUGUUCCGUUUUAUUAAAUAAGAUACAUUAAAAUAUAAAACAAACUGGAAUAUCUAAUGUGUUUUUAUCGAUGAUCAUCAGCUAUUUCAAGUCAUCUAGUAUUUAUAUCUACAAAACUUUAGAUACUUUUACUAUCGAUAAUAAGCUCAUUCGAUUUUAUUUAAUUAUAUUAAUUUAAAUUUAUUAUUAUUAUUAUUAUUAUUAUUAUUAUUAUUAUUAUUAUUAUUAUUAUUAUUAUUAUUAUUAUUAUUAUUAUUAUUACUAUAUUUAGAUAAGAAAUAAUGUGUUCGUAUGAUGAAAGAUAAAUAAUAAUGAAUGACACGAGAUUUUUUAACGAUUUAUGAUCGAUCAUAAUUGUUUAAAAAUAUUGUGGAGUUUGUGAUCGAGUUUUUGAUUUUUUUUUCUUUCGCUAUACUCAUAUGCAUUUUUUUUUUUCGUAGCACUAUUUAAUAGCUCGUAUAUUUAUUGCGUAAAUUUUUGUUUUCAUAUCUCAUAGAUAAACUUUAUUCAAUUGUCUAUCCAUUUGUCAUUUCGUGAUUUGUCUCCGAUAAUAAUGUAUCAUUAUCAUAAAUAUUAUUUUUGUUUCUUGAUCAAAGAAAAAAAAAUAUAUACGA